GAACUGAACCGAAAUGAGCUUGUUUUGAUGUUCUUGUGAUGUGUUUAAUUUGUUUUCGGUUUUAAGUGACGGUGAAAGAUUUGUAAAAUGAAAGUCAAAAUGUAGCAGAAAUUACCACGGGAAACAAUGAAAAUAAACAGGGUUUUAUUCUAACAUGAGGUUUAAUUCUGCAUUCUUACUAAUGGGUUGUGCAUGUGGGAAAGAAGUUAUUGAAGUGAAUGGGAAGCCUUACACUAUCAAAACAAGAAUUGGUGAAGGAGGCUUUAGUGUUGUAGACUUAGUUCAAGAUCAAAAAACACAUAAACUAUAUGCUCUGAAGCGAAUUGCUUGCCAUAGCAAGGAAGAUGAGAAGAAUGCAUUAAGGGAAGCUGAAUACCACAAUUUGUUUAAUCAUCCUAAUAUACUUGAAUGUAUUGAUGUAGCUUUGGUUGAAAGAUGUGACAGACUCCAUCCAACUCGAAGUGAAGUUCGGUUGCUUCUUCCUUAUUUUAGGAAAGGUACUUUGCAAGAUGAGCUUAAUAUGCGGUCCAAGAAUAAAAGUCAUAUUACAGAAGAGAGAGUUCUUAGAAUUUUUAGACAAAUGUGUGAUGGUAUUAGAGUAAUGCAUAGUGCUCAGCCUCACCCUUUAGCUCACAGGGAUGCUAAACCUGCUAAUGUUUUGAUGAGUAAUGAUGAUACCCCAGUAUGGAUGGACUUUGGUUCUAUGGGAAAAGCUAGACAAGAAAUUCGGAAAGCUUCUGAGGCUAGGGUGCUACAGGAUCUUGCUGCUGAAAAAUGUUCAAUGGCAUUUCGAGCCCCAGAACUAUUUCAUGUGGAAAGUCAUUCAUCCAUUGAUGAGAGGGUUGAUGUUUGGUCAUUAGGUUGCUGCCUAUAUGCCAUGUGUUAUUUUAACUCUCCAUUUGAAGCAGCUCAUCAAAGAGGUGACAGUGUGGCUUUAGCUGUCAUGAGUGGAACUGUCGACUUCCCUGAAAAUACUCCGUAUUCAAAUGGUAUGCAUAAUCUAAUACGAUCCAUGUUGGAAGUGAGUGCUUUACAGAGACCUUUUAUUGACGGUGUUUUAUUUCAAAUUGACUCCUUACUUCCAGCCAUCCAAAACGCUGUAUGAAAAAUAUUUUUAUUGUUAGAAUUUUCACUUAUUGAGAACACCACUGUCACUUUUAAGACUUAACACAUGCCAUUUACCUCUUUUUAAAAAAUUGUUUUCCAGAAACCAAAAUGAUAUACUUUUUGAAAGCUUUUUAUAUCUAUAUUGUAUUUAUGUAUGCAUUGCACUUGGCACUUAUUUAAUCUAUUUCAUGUGUAUAUUACACAUUUUGGAUUUAUAAUAAGCUUAUAUUUCCUGCAAAAUUUAUUAUUGUUAUGGUGCUGUGUUUUUUGCAAGUAAAAAUGAAUAUAUGUUUAUGUAACAUAUUUUUAGAUAUCAUGUACAUAAUUUGUGUACUAAAAUUUUAUUAUUAGUACUAGUUGUUUUAAAUUACACUACAAAUUUUAUUAUUUUUUUUGUUAUUGAAGCAUUUUUGUUUAAUGCAUUGAAAGAUUUUUUUUUUAAAUUUUUAGUUUGUCAGUAUAAUUUAAACACACUUUCUUUAUUCUUUUUAAAAUUACAUUUAUAUUUCAAAAGUUUAUUAAUCUUUUCAUUAAAAAUUUGUAGCUGAUUUUUGUAGAAAAAAAUUGUAGCUAAUUUUUAUGAAUAUAUUUUAUUCAAGUAAUAUGGAACAAAACACUCUGGAAAAGGAGCAAAAAGAAAUAACUGACUUAAAAAUGAGGAUUAUUGAUUUUGUUUUAUCAAUUCAGUUAGAGAGUUCCCAAUCUACCUUCAAUUAAUUAUUUGGAUAGUAAGAAAUUAUUUUCUUUCAAAAAUUCUUCUAAUACCGAAGCAACGUUUUUGCAUUUUGCAUAAUACUUACGAUCAAUAUUAACUUCAACUCAAUAAUGAGCAUAUGUCUAGUGUAGUUGUUAUCUUUAAUGUUAAUUUAAAGGUGUGUGUGUAAAAAUAGAUUAUUUAUAUAUGUAUCUGAAUAAUAAAGAUUAAACAAAAUAUUAAAAAGGAUACAAUUUGAUAUCAAUGGUAUACCACUUUGUGAAUAUACAUUGUAUGCCACUACUGGUACAUGCACCAUAAGUUGAGAACAUCUAUACUAAGUACUUGUUGGUUGUAAGAAUUUGCUCAAAUAAUAGUUUUUACUGGUAAUGCUGAGAUCUGUCUUUAUUCUUGAUCUUCAGAAACAGCAUCAGAGAUUUUUUCUUCUAGGUAAACCUUUUUUUUUUAACCUAAAAGCAUAAACCUUAAGUGCAUAAAUCUGUACUAAUUCAAUAUUAUUUCAACUAAAUGUGAAAAAUUAAUUUUCACAUUUAGUUGCAAAAUAGCAUUUUUCACAAAUAUCUAUUUUAUAGUUCAUGCAGUGAUUUGUUGUUUCUAAGAGAUACUGAUAACUAAAAAUGAUUAAUUUUAAAAAUGAUUUAAAAAAAAUAAUGACAAAAACAGAAAGAAAUCAAUUACGAGGAAAGGAAAAAAAAGUCUGGAAUUAUUGUUUAAAAUUAUGUUCUGUGAUGCUCGUUUUUUUGUGUGGAUGUUAUAGGCUUUGGUUGUUUAUUCUGUAAAUUCAUGCUUUCAUGAUCUUUUAAUUUACAUUUUAUAUUCUAUACUCGAGUUAAUAAUGAAAUUAAGUGAAAUAAAAAUACAUGAUUUGAGUUAUCAUCUCUUUGAUUUCAUCUGAUUUUGAACAAACUAGUUUGAAGGCCACAAUACUAUAAUAUAUUAAAUGUUUUGAUAUGCUCAAAGACAAUUAUUUCUUUUCAAACUUAAAAAAAUUCUAUAUAAUCUAAAAAUUCUACAUAUCUCUAUAUCUUUUGAAUAAUAUUAUAUGACAAAAAUUUCUUUUUCAAUUCAUAAAUAUAUAAAUUAAAAACAGUUUUUCUGGAAUUUCUAUUUGCCAAUAUGUUAAUAAUUUUGUUCUGAUGCCACCAUAUAUUACUAUAUUUCGUUUGUUCUGUAUUUCAAGAAAAGUUUUGGAAAUAUUGUUCAUGGAUUCCAAAUUAUAACAGCAUGUUUUUAGUGCCUGAAAGGAUGAUCUGCUUUUGAUCAAAAUGUUAUUGGAUUUAUAUCUUAGAAUGUAUCAAAUUUAUUUAAUGGAAUGUCUGAGUAUUGGCUAAUUGCCUGCAAACUUUUUUCUGUAUCAUAAACUUUCUUCCAAUUUUAAAAACUUGCAUAUUACUAUCCAGUUGCCAAGUUUAAUAAUUAAUUGUCAUCUUUCACACAUUGUAGUCUCUUCUGAUCUAACAGAAAAGUAAUAUUUCAAAUUAAUGAUUAACAAACCUGUGUUAAUGUAAUGGAAAGUUCCAAAUAAUUAAUAUGAUCAUGUUGUGCCAAAUAGAACUGUAAUUUUUCUGUAAUUAUGAAGAACAUCGUUAUAUUUUUUUAUUUCA